AUGACUCUGGCAGAACCCAAUGUUGUCAUUGAUUGUAUACAAUUAGAUUUUGAUUAUGUUUGUAAAGAAGAUAUCCGGUGUUUGAUUGAAAUCAUUCAAAGCUAUGAGAUAGCUUGAAACCACAUAAUCGUAUGUCACGAAUUUUUUGUCAUUCUCUAAACUAAGAUUUUGAGGAAUAGUAAUUUGAUCUUUAAUGAUAAAAAGCUCCUUCCAAUUUUGUUAUUCAUAGUUUUGUUCUUAAUUGAUGGUUUUCUUUCAGAUUUUGAUAUUGAAGUGCUUUUAGUUAGGAGAAUGUGUGCCUUUAAUGGAUUUCUUUUGCAGAUGAAGGAGAUCAAGGUUAGAAGUCAGCUUAGUAGUGAGGACGGUUUCUACUGAUAUAUAUGCUAUUCAAAUUUGGUGAUUUUCUGUUGUUUUAAGCUAUAUCUUAUAGUUUUGUGGUAUUUGUUUUUUAGGUUUCAGAGAUGGAUGGGGUCUAAUAAGCCCAAGGGAGCUCAACCCUCAGAGUUGCCACCUCAUCCACCAAUCCUCUUUGAUGUUAGCAAAGAACAUUAAACUUGAAAAAGAAUUGAAAAAAUCUCACAUGGCGAUUGCAGAUGGAAAAAUGAUUAGGAGUGGCAUGAAUAAGGCCACCAAGGAUUGAAUUGUCCUGUCUGUAUAAUCUGGCUAAAAGAUCAUCUAUAGACACAAUUGGAGACCAGACUAUGCAUUCCAGUUCUUCAUGUAAGAAUCAUCAUAGUAAGGGGACAUCAAAUUUGUACCUUUUUGCUCCAUCAGAGUAAGGGGACUACAAAGGUUAGUGGGGCUACUACCAUUCUUCUUCGUAUUCUUUGAGAGACAGGGAUAUACUCUGUUUAGUUCAUUUGACCAUCCCAUUGUGUUCACAGAUUUCCUGAGGAGCCAAUUGUACGAUGCAUAUCAAAAAACAGCUAUACUUUCUGGCUCUACUUCCUGAAUAAUUGCACGAUGUUUUGUAGAUGGAUUCAGUGACUGCAAUUAACAUUUCUCUCUGUUAUUACUUUUUAAUUCUCUAUCUAAUGAAUCUAACAACACAAGGCCAAGAGUGAUGAAUUGAUGAUCUAUAUAUGAUAAAACAAGGAUUCCAUUUUGUACUUGAAAACACAUAUACACAAUUUUAGAAAUAAAUGCCAAGACCAUUUAGCCUGAUCUAAUAUUUUUUACCCUAAAAUCUGGAUGUGAAAGACCAAUAAUAUAUCACCUAUUAUCCAAAAUUGUAAGAAACAGGUUAUAAGGACUCUGUAAAUGUUGGUUUGCUGAUAUAGUUUCUAAAUAUAUGUGUGCGGUUUGUCCUUUGGUUGAGAACAAAUUAAAUAUAUAUUCAUUCGUGACAGAAUAUGACUACUAGAAAAGUUAGAAUUACUAUAUACAAAAUGUGGAAAUUUAAUCUAUGAAGGAUCGCACAAAUAAUUUCACAAUUGGGAUUUGAUUCCUCACCGAGCAAUGCUACAUUGGCCACAAUAAAUCCUCAGGGGAAUCCAAUGACCUUUGGCCAGCCAUUCUAGCAUUGAGAUUGCAAAAGGAUCCCUCACUCAGUCACGAAAAUUGUGAGAUAUUGGUUCGCUUAACCUAGCAUUUUCAUUCCACACCAUUAUCAUUAUUUUGGCUUUCAUUAAUAUUUUUAAAUUGUAAUCUCUGCAAUUUCGAACUGCUUAUACUUGAUUUAUGUGAUGCAACAUUAUCUUUCCCAAUUUGAUAUAUAUUUGGGUUCCUUACUACAGCACGACUUAUCAAGAACUUAAUAGGAAUGUAGCCUAAACUAGAGAUUUGGACUUCAUCGUCCUUGACCUGUGAAGGAGAUGAUGAGGAGAUGGAACCCAUAUAGGCAGGCCAUCUUGAAUUUUGUUUUAAUUAAUUAGUACUUUUUCAGUGAUCUAAUGAAUGUCAUUUAUCUUUGAAGGCCAUGUUUGAUUGUGCCGCAAGCUUAUUGAGAAGGGUGCAACUAUGCCAUGACUUCUGCCACAAAGAUUUAUCGAGCUAUCCAGGUUCUCAAGGUAUACAUGCACAGUUUUCCAGAUUUAGUAAGCAAGCUGUGCACGUGCACAUAAACAACGAGAAUAACACCUUUAACAGAUUAUUGUGUCAAGCACGUUUAUGCAAUUGGCAGGCAAGUACUCACUGGAUUUCACAAGGGGGAUAAAGCAAUAUUCUACAAUAUGUACAAGACCGAAAGCCGAAAAUAGUAAGCAAAGAUUGAGUUGUUUGCGGAAAGGUGUAAGACCAAGUUUGGAGCGUGAGAAAAGAAGAGCAGCAGACAACACUGCCAACUCAAAGACCACAUUUAGUGAGUUGGAUAGCCAAACAGCCUUGCGGGUUAAAGAAUUAGGAGGUUCUAAAGAUGAUGCGUGUACUCACAGAAGUUGCGUCUCCAAUAUCGGCAUCAGGUUGGGCUUAUGUUGUCAUUCUUCAAGAAAAAAGAAGAAAAGCUUAUCAAGUGAGUACCACUCAUGUUAUAUGCAGCGUAUUCGAAUUGGCUUAAAAUAGGGUUAGAGAGGCUUAUACAGGUAAUCUUUCUUCUAAAAGAGCAAUUGCAGUUGCAAAAGAAACUAUAAGCUUAUCAUAUGCAGUUCUGCACUGCUACUAGAUGAGUUGGAGGAACUAAUGUAAUAUUUUUUCUAUGACAACUGAACACUCUCAUAGUUUUUUAAGCUGCACUUGAUCAUAAGGAGAAUCUUUGAAAAAUGUUUGAUAUU